GGUGCCGUGUCCCCGCCCGGCGGCCCCGGGGGAGGUGCCGGCCGGGCCGAGCAGCCACACGCCACGCCGGCCCGGGGCGAGGGCUGUGGCCGCCGGGCUGAAUAAUGUUUCCAACAUGUCUGUGCAGUCACUGCUUUGUGAAAGAAUCGCCGUUGCCAAAGACUUGAUCAAGAGAGCAGAAGCCCUCUCCAAGUCCCAGAAAAGGAGAAUAGAAGGUGGGGCAAAGCUAUGUAGCAAACUGAAGGCUGAGCUAAACUUCCUACACAAGGUGGAGGCAGGGAAAGUGGCCAUUAAAGAGUCCCAUCUGCAGAGUACAAACCUUACCCACCUCCAAGCCAUUGUUCAGUCGGCAGAGAACCUGGAGGAUGUUGUCAGUGUCCUCCAUGUCUUUGCCUAUGAGGACAGGUUUGGAGACAAACAGACCCUGGUGGUAGAUGUUGUUGCAAACGGAGGUCACACGUGGGUGAAGGCCAUCGGUCGGAAAGCUGAGGCCCUGCACAACAUCUGGCUGGGGAGAGGCCAGUAUGGUGACAAAAGCGUCAUUGAGCAGGCAGAGGACUUCCUGCAAGCAAGCCGUCAGCAGCCAGUGGAAUACAGCAAUCCCCACAUCAUCUUUGCGUUCUACAACAGCGUGUCCAGUCCUAUGGCAGAGAGACUCAAGGAGAUGGGAAUAUCUGUGAGAGGAGACGUUGUAGCUGUGAACUCUCUGGUGGAGCCAUCUGCAGACAACGAGCACCCUAGCGCCAGUGAAUCAGAUGAAGAAGGCCCUGAACUCCUGCAGGUGACCAGAGUGGACCGGGAGAAUUUAGUGGCCAGCAUUGCUUUUCCUACUCAGAUCAAAGUAAACGUCUGCAAUAGAGUUAACUUGGACAUCACUACCCUAAUAACCUACGUCUCUGCUCUGAGCUACGGGGGCUGCUACUUUGUCUUCAAAGAAAAAGUGCUGACAGAGCAAGCAGCCCAGGAAAGGAGGGAGAGAGUGCUGCCUCAGCUGGAGGAGUUCAUGGAGGGAAAAGAGCUCUUUGCCUGCGAAUCUGCUGUCAGAGAUUUUCAGUCCAUCUUGGAAACGCUGGGAGGACCUGGGGAGAAAGAGCGAGCUGCACUGCUCGUUAAAAGAAUUACCGUGGUGCCAGAUCAGCCGUCUGAGCGUGCCUUAGGACUAGUGGCUAGUUCAAAGAUCAACAGCCGUUCUCUGACCAUUUUUGGGACAGGAGACACUUUGAAAGCCAUCACCAUGACUGCAAAUAGUGGGUUUGUGAGGGCAGCGGCAAACCAAGGAGUCAGGUUCAGCGUUUUUGUCCAUCAGCCACGAGCAUUGACAGAAAGCAAAGAAUCUGCUGCCACACCUUUACCAAAGAGCUGCCCAUCUGAUAAUGGACUGUAAGUCAUUAAAUGAGUUAGUCAGGGAAAUACUGUAGGUGCUGCAGUGGAGGCUUUUUGAGAAACAGAAGAAUCAUAGCAAUACAGUUUUGGGUGUGUAUCAGUGAUAACAGUAACUGUAGCAGUGGAAGAACUCCUCAAGGGAUUUGCACUCAUUCCUUUGGAGUUUUUUGUUCAGCUGACCAUUAAUUUAUUCACUUAAGUAAUAAGAUGUCAAUGAAAAUUGUUAACUGGCUUACAGUGUAUAAAUUGUAUCCAUCUCUAUUAAAAAGUUCAGUUAAAGCACAGUUACUGUUGUGCCUUUGUCAUUUUUGUCCUCUUCAGAGAGGUAAGGUCCUUCAUUUCAGAUGAACUUUGGGCUUGACUUCUGUGGAACUUAAAUCUUUCUUUCACCU